AUGGUGCUGGAAUUGCACAUAUGGGGUCCAGCAUUUGGACUACCGUCUCUUGACGCCCAAUGUCUCGCCGCAGUCUGCUACCUGCAGAGGGUUCUCCCUAUUGAUGCCUGGGCAUUGAUCCCUUCCAACAAUCUUCAAAUAAGUCCACUUGGUGAACUCCCGGCGCUCAAAGAUGGCAACACGUGGGUUGCUGGCUUCUCCAACAUCGUCACAUACCUCCGAGACUCUUCCACCGGCAGGUAUGAUCUCGACCGAGACCUGAAUCCCACGCAGCAAGCCGAUGCUACGGCCUUCUCUUCUUUCCUCGCGUCACGCGGCCAACCUCUCCUUGACCUCUGUCUGUACGUCAGUAGUGACAACUACUUCGCUUCGACAAGGCCAGCUCUAGGUGACAUCCUACUAUGGCCCGACAGUUGGUUUGUGCCACAUCUACUGCGAGACAAAGCCAAGAAGAGAUCGGACCAUUUGGGAUUGAGCAGCCUGGAUGUGGACACAGCUCGAGAAGACAAGAGUGAUGAUGUUGGUCUUACUGCACAUAUCCCGAAGUCCUUGCGAAAACCCCGACAAACUGUCACCUCGUUAUUGGGUCGGAACCUGCAGAAGAACCGUUUCAGACUGGAUGCGGUCACAGCAGACUUCCUCGAGCCACUGUUGGAGAAACUGGGUGACAAUCAAUCAUUGCUUGGUGACACUACAAGCAGUCUCGACUGUCUGGCAAUCGCUUACAUUGCCUUGCUUCAAGUCCCUGACCUACCACAAGCGUGGGUCAAGGAGGCUCUGCAGACAAAAUAUGCCAAGUUAAGUCAAUGGGCCUCGGAACAAACACCACGAGUUUCAGGUUCUUCGUUGGAUGCAACUACACCUCUGAAGGGGGGAAAUGGCACAUCAAUUGCUGGAAGCGAGUUACCCUGGCAAAAACCCUUAGAAAGAACACCGCAGCAGGUUCUGCACUCGGUUCUGGAAAGUUGCAUUAGCUCUCUGCCGGUGGUUGGAAUUCCCUACAAGCCUGUGGAACUUCACAAUUUGCGGGCUGGUGGUAAUUAUCAGCUUGAGAAACAAUCCCAACUGGCGACCAUUUCGAGACGACGCGAAUUAUACGUUCAAACCUUGAUAUCAACCUUUGCGACCCUUGGCCUUGUGGGGUACCUCUCUUACAAAGGGAUCCUUCAUCUUCCUCGCUAUGUCAGACAACCACAACCAAGGAAGUUUGGUGAGGCUGGUGCUUUGCUCGGAUUGGUAUGA